UGACAUGUUAGACCAGUGUCAUGCGCGUUCAGGCACGCUUCUGUUGUUUAGCGCUUGGUACGUCUGAAUAGCGUUAGUUCGUUCGGAACGUGAUGUUUUAGUAUUUUCCAGGAGCCGACGGCGGCAUGCGGCAAGCUCACAAAAGAGAAGGGCAACAAUCACGACCCGGGGCCACUUCAGAUAUACGCGAUGGGCGGAUUACUAUCGGCAGUCAAGGAGCUACCACUCGAAGAUCAACUCAAGCGCCACGUGAACCAGAUGCACGCGGACUACGACAGCUACGACAACGAGCAGAAGUGCGAGCUGGUGCUCUUCUGCAUGGUCGACCGCAUGUACGAGAAGGAGAAGAAGCGACUGACGCUCUCCGUGUGCGACCACCAGUUCAGGAACUACUUGACGGCAGCCCUCAAGACCACCUCCGCGAAGCGCAAGUUCAGCCGUGCACCAGCGACUCACAUGGAGCGCGAGCUUCAGGACUGGGUGGAGCAGCUGAUGAUGUAGACAAUACCACGACGGCUGCACCGACUGGCGCAGCGGAGACAGCAUUUCGAGUUGCUGGUACCACGAGGGCGACACCGACGGCCGCAGUGGAGACAACAUCUGGAGCAGCUGCGUUGUUCACCCGCACGCCUUCGGGAGCCCUUCGGGCGAACAAGAGUCCGAGCG